UGUGGUCCAAAAUUUAGUGAAGUACAAUGUAGAGACGACCCUUUUUUAGGGUCGAAAAUGUACCGACGACCUUACCUUUCGGUGAAAUGAAUCAAAAUCCAAAUAUCUUAAGCAGCUGAAACUAAAAAGGAAUCAAAAUCCAAAUAUCUUAAUCAGCUGAAACUAAAAAGGAAGAAGAAAAGAAAAAGAAAAAGAAAUUAUUGUUUGUGGUGGUUUCUGAUUCCUAGAUGCAAGCCCUUAUUGUCACGGGCUCCUCCUGCGUUCUUCACAAUUUCCCUAACAACAACAAUGCCAAGUGCAAACAUGUUUUACCUGCUACUAUCAGGCCUUCCUGCAAUUUGAGAAAUCAAAACACUACCAGAAGAAGCAGCCUUGGAACCACUUGGCCUUCCAUCUCAUUUGCAAUUUUCGGGUCAGGUUUUUUCUUGGGUCCUUUGAUCGAUGGACUCCAUUCAAGGGUAGAGCUUGUGGCAUACCAAAACGGGUCUAUCAAUAUUGGUCCUCUUCACACAAACAUCUGGGUUCCUGUUCUGCUGGGUCUGUUCUACUGCACUGUUGGGUUGCUUCAACUCUUCUUGGAUGAGAAUGAGAGGGCCCCUUUAAACAGUCCAGAGGCCAACCAACAGAAAACGAUUGCUUCUUUUCUAGCACUUGUGCUAUUUAUAGAGUUGAGCGCUGAACUCUACAAAGCCGGAACCGCAGAUAAUAUUGAAGCUUACAUACUAUUUGCAGCGGCAGAGUUCAUAUGGUUUUCCGUGGACAGGACAUGGUUCGGCUUCCAUCUCGCAAGCAUCAUCGGAAUUGCCUGCCCGCUGGCUGAGAUUCCAUUAAUGAAGUUUUUCCACCUUUGGUAUUAUCCACAAGCAAAUGUUGAAAUAUUUGGGCAGGGACUAGUUAGUUGGACACUCACUUGCUACUUUGUUUACACUCUGUUUUUGAUCAAUUUUUCACGUUGGCUGAAGUCGGUGAUCACUGCUGUCGCUGAUACGGAGGACAAGUCGGCUUAGUCAUAUUCAGUCGUUGGUCAAGACUUCCUCAUAUCUCAAGCCGAUACGAUAAACAACUCAAGACAACUUUAGCUUUUCAUGUACUUAUUAUUGGUUUCAGACGUAGUAUUCUGUACAUAUUUUCUUUUUCAAUAUUCCAUUUUCUACUAAUAUGCACAAGUUAA